UCCGGUCCAGAACAAAACAUAACUCGCCGCUUCAAAGUCAUGAAAAAUAUCCAAGUUGUCUCGACAUGGACCGAUUUAACUCGUGACUCAGCUCUUUACUUGCUCUACACGUUUGCCGCCAUCAAAGUCUCCAAAUUCAUCUACCGUUGCUUCCAAUCAUCUGAAAUGUCAUCAUUUUCUAUGGAAACUCACCCAGAAGCUCUCAGACGAGAACGGAUUCUCUCCAGCAAACUCUACUUCAACGUCCCUGAAUCAAAGGUUUCGAUCAUCUAUUCAUCAGCAUACGACAUCUCCUUCUUGGGGAUUGAGAAGUUGCAUCCAUUUGAUUCAACCAAGUGGCGUAGAGUUUGCAAGUUCCUUGUUUCUGAUGGGUUCUUGGAGGAGAAAUCAAUCGUCGAGCCUCUAGAAGCUUCCAACAGUGAUCUUCUAGUGGUACAUUCGUUAGACUACUUAAACAGUUUGAAAAGCAGUGCAACUGUUGCUAGGAUAACCGAGGUUCCACCAGUUGCAUUGUUCCCAAACUUUCUUGUGCAGCAGAAAGUUCUUAGCCCAUUCCGAAAGCAGGUUGGUGGGACGAUUCUGGCAGCUAAACUAGCAGUAGAACGUGGAUGGGCAAUAAACGUAGGAGGAGGUUUUCAUCAUUGUACUGCUGAAAGAGGAGGAGGGUUCUGUGCUUUCGCUGAUAUUUCUCUUUGUAUUCACUUUGCAUUUCUUCGUCUUAGCAUUUCCAGGGUCAUGAUAAUAGAUCUUGAUGCUCAUCAAGGGAAUGGCCAUGAAACAGAUCUUGGCGAUGAUAGUCGUGUUUACAUUCUAGAUAUGUACAAUCCUGAGAUAUACCCUUACGAUUAUACGGCUAGAAGAUUUAUCGAUCAGAAGGUUGAGGUGAAGAGCGGGACCACCACUGAUGAGUACCUGAGGAAACUAGACAAAGCGCUUGAGGUUGCUUUUAGAAACUUCCAACCAGAGUUGGUAGUUUACAAUGCUGGGACUGAUAUCUUAGACGGAGACCCUCUUGGGCUUCUAAAGGUAAGCUUAUAUAUACUGCAGAUUAUGUGGCCUUUCUAUAUGAUCAGAAUGUCUCUAACUUGGUCUCUGUUGCAGAUAAGCCCUGAUGGCAUAACAAGUAGAGACGAGAAAGUCUUCAGAUUUUCAAGGGAAAGAGAGAUUCCUGUUGUGAUGCUAACUUCAGGCGGGUACAUGAAGUCCAACGCCAGAGUUAUUGCGGAUUCCAUAGAGAAUCUCUCACGUCAAGGGUUAAUCAAGACACGACUGGACUCAGCUACCACGUGA